AUAAGGUACACGUAUAUAUAAUACAAUUAUAAAUAUUGAAGUUUGUCCACAGGAAUCGCAAAAUAUCAUAUUUAAGUUCAAAUGCGGAAGCCGUUGGGAUAAAAUGGAAUUUAUGUCAAAUAACGUUUCACUAAAAUGCUGAAUAUGUGAUGAUAUAGCACAAUGGACACUCAAGUCAAUUACUUAUAAUGGAUAACAUAAAGCAUUCAUUUCAUCAUCUUUGUCGUAUUCAACUCUGGAUGAAAUAGUUUCAGUAUAUAAUUGGAACACAGCAACACACAACGGGUAAUAUGUCUACUGCGUCUAAAGAAAGACAAGCAAGACUAUGCAAUAUUGUCAAGAAACUAUUCCCAAAAGUAAUGCAACACAUAUUUAAAGAAUGUGUUAGUCCAAGAGGUUUGCAAGGGAAAUAUAAACAGAAAUUCAUAACUAUUGAUUUUACAGAGAAUGAAAUAUCCUUAAUGGAAAAACUUCCAAAUAUAGAUGACUUCACCAUCGAACUAUGCUAUAAAAUAUUGCGGUACGAAAAUGUAUUGCAUGAACCGUCGUGUAAGUGGGGGAAUGUUCCACACGAUACAGAAGUUGAAAUCGGUGAUGAUGUUCAGAGAAUACUUAAUGCAACAAAUGACGUUAUCAGUAGGAAGUCGGAGGAAAUUUCAGAGCUUUAUUACGGAGAAUUUCACAACAGAACACAACAGGUGCUAAAGAGAGUGGAUGAAUAUCUUUGUCAAGAUACUAGUUCACAAUUGUACCAAACGAUUCACAGCUCUGAUAUUAAUAUAUCUGAUAUGCUUCAAGAACUGACACUGAUGCAAGCAGUCAAUGAUGCAACCAUAAAUAUGGCAUCACUAGACAAGAACAGAUGUGCAAAGUGCAGCAUGGUGGUCAUGGAAGUAUUUCCAAUGAUAAUGCAAGAGUUAAUGGCACAUACCGGAACUCCAGGAAAAACCCUCUACAACGAUAUUAUGAGGAAUAAUCCUUUCAGAAGAAACCUAAACAAAAUUGAGCUUGAUAUGGUAGAUACAUUAAUGACCGAUGAAUAUACCAAAAUUGAUGUGAGUCUAUCUUACAAAAUGAUUGUCAAUUUUUUUCAGCUUUCUAUACCGCCACCGUCUAGACAAUGGGGGGCGAAUCCGACUAACACAGAGAUAGGAAUAGGUGAUGACAUUGAACGCAUAAGGCGGGAACGGAAUACCUUUGUUCAUAGAGUGAAUGCUAAUAUAUCGGAAGCUCUGUUUGACAAUUUUUUCGUUACCUUUAUCGAAAUCGGAAAAAGAAUAGAUGCUUUCCUGAAUAAACCCCCAAACAAUGGAUAUGCACAUGAUGUCGAGCAAUGCAAGACUUGUGUACUUGAUCCUGAAGUUGAGAAUAAACUACUCGAUGCAAUAGCAGAUAUUGAACAAUUGAAAGAAAAGUACAGGUUUGUUAUUGGAAAUCCAGGAAAAGAAAUUCAUAUUUUUGUAGGAAAAUCGACAGAAGCAGCAAUUGAAAAAAUUAGAGCAGAAGAAGAUCUAAAGGAGAGCUAUACACAAUUGAGAAUAAUCAUUCAUGAAGUAGACGAUAGUGAAGAAGUAGUUCAUCGUAUAAAUUCUCUAAUAGACCUCAACCAUAUCAACAGUGAGAACAUCUAUUUCAAAGGAGUCGAGAAAGGCAGUAUCAUACUUUUUAUUGAUAUUAAAAACAGAGUAGUUCUAGAUGACGGCCUGUUCCAGAGUGAAGUCAGCACCUUCAUCCAAAAACUUUUCAAAUUUUGUAAAUUGACAUGCUAUUUCCGUACACAAACAUAUGCAGUUAUUGCAAUUGCAGCAGAAGAGUUUGAAGAGCCAAGAAUUAACCUGCCGGAAAAAGUCACAAGAAAAUGCUUGAUGGGUAACAAAGGACACGUGGUUGUUAAUUUUGAAGUAAAAAAUAAGAUCUUCCACUCUCCUGACAGCUUAAACAGAACCUUAAAAGGGUUUUUUAAUACCCUCCUUAUGAAAGGGAAUGGAAAGGACUUACUGGGGAAAACGGAUGUAUAUGCAGAACUCGUUAAAUCCGAAAAAGAAAAAGGAAGCGCACAAACUCAAACAUCUGAGGAAAAUAUGUCAACAAAAGAAGAAGCAAACGCCCAAGUUCAAACACCUGAGGAAACUAUAUCAACAAAAGAAGAAACAUUCGCCCAGGCUAAAACACUUGUUGAAAAUUUAUCAACCACAAAAGAAUCAUUCACUCAAGCUCAAACACCUGUCAAAUACAACCUUCCUGUUUCUGUCACUUUGCGUCAACAGUUCAAUAUCAAAAAGUCAAAGAAUGGAAAUCCGGACAUUUCUAGCUGUAUCAAAACAGACAAUACAUUAGUGUUUACCGACUAUAGUAAUAACCAACUUAUUAUUUGUGAUUCAGACGGUACUGAUAUCCAUCACAUUCCUCUGUCCUAUAAACCAUGGUAUAUGACAGUGGUAAAUAGUAAUACUGUAGCAGUAUCCUUUAGAGAUGACAGUACCAUACUGAUAAUAAAUAUAUCUACAUGUUCUGUCACCAGUACAAUCAACACCAGUGGUCGCUGCUACGGAAUGACUUAUAAUGAUAAUAACCUGUACGUUGUUAUUGAUCUGAGUAUAAUACAUGUGAUGGACCUGACAGGUAAAGUAAUACGUACUAUACCUUUACCUUCAUACGGUAUCCACGACAUUACAGUAGACAGAGACAGGUUAGUCUGUAUAGACACUACAUCAAUAUACUGCUGCUCGUUAGAUGGUAAACUAAUUUGGAAGUUAAAAAAGUAUGAAUUUCAAGAUUUACGUCGUGUGACAACAGAUAAUGAGGGGAAUGUCUUUGAAACUUGUUUUAACACCAACACAGUAAUAGUUGUAUCAGACGAUGGCAAACAUCACAGAGAACUUCUCACUAGAUCGGAUGGACUGGAUAAGCCGUGGGGAAUUUAUUUUGACAAAAAAGAAAAUAUUCUGCUUGUUUGUAAUUAUCGUGACGGACAGGCUUUUCUUUUUGACGUAAAACAGAAAGCAACAUAAAUAAACAUGAAUAAUUCUUUCAGACAAUGAGUUUAUUCGGGCACGGAUCUGUUUGUGCAUUUUGUCAUAUAAAGUAACUUCUCUUUAUUUUUAUUUUCUAUACUAUCAAUUACUGAUUGUCAUGAUCUGUGCAGUUGUAUUCUGUAUUCAAAGUAAGGACAAUAUUAACAAUUUAUUAUGUUCAUGUUUUUUGUGAUUAACUCUUUUUAUUUUAAUGUGUGACAACACAUCAACUUUAUAUUGAAAUUUAGAGAAAUGUUACAAAGACAUGUUGUUCUUUGAUUCACGUUAAUUUAGGGUUUGAUAGUUGGAGAAAAAAUUAUAAUUCAAGUUAUAUAUCAUCACAUCUUUCAAAACCACAUAUAAAUUGUUUAAGACAAUUAUUCGAAAUAUAGACAUUCUCUUUACGGAUGUGUAGGUUGUAAAUAAAAUCUUUACAAAUUUAAAAUUGUAUUGUGUCGUUGGGAUGCUGUCUUUUUCCUUCAUUGCUAAUCCAUCUGCUUCUUUCACCCCGGUAGUCUUACAUGUAGAUUUUAAAUACAAAUAAUUCAGAUAUAUACAUCGUUUAUUUGUUCUCAUCCUGAACAUGUAUAAUAUAUUUGCCACUGUACGAUACACAACCAACAGAUAAACCAAUUAAUUAUUUUAUUCAUACCAAACUAUAUAACAUUUUUUAAGUUUAUCAAUGUGUUUAUUUCUUAAUUUGAUGACAGUUUUUUUUUGGUUUAAAUUGAUGUUAAUCGAGUACAAAUAACAUAUGGUCUAACAACCAUACAGACUGAUAUGACUGUGUUCCAAUAACUUUGUAUCCUACAACAAGUUAAAUUUCCAUUGAAAACAAAAUUACGGAAAGAUUAUGAUUAAUUUUGAAAAUGUAACUUGGAUCAUCUAGGCUGUUGUAUUUGAAUAAUGUGGUUCGAAUAUUAUGGUUUCCGCAUUUUUAAAACAUUUGAACAUUCAAUUGUUCUAUAUAAUUCAAUAUGGAAAAUCAAAAAAAAUUUCCGAGUAAGAAACAAUGUCAUGAAUGUACAUGCUCUUUAUCUUUUAUAUAUAAUUCACACUCUUAUGAGAAGGAUGUUAUCCAGAAAAAUGUUAUCAGGCGUUUUCAUCUAGAUAAAAAAUUCUUACGUAAUUAAAUGCAUUGAAUUCGCCGUUUGGAAUUAAUUUUAUCAUGUAAGAAAAUAUUCUGCUUGUUUGUAAUAGAGAUAACGGAAAUCUUUUUCAUUUACGUGAUAAAGAAACUUGCAUAAAUGAACUUAAAUUAUUUCAUUCGAAUUCGGAUGUGUUUUAGCAUUAAGUCAUUCUAAAUGGAUUUUAUUUGUUUGUGUGCUAUCUACCAAAUACAAAUUCAAUUUAACCAAUUAUGAUUCAUUUUACAAAAUUACUACCUUGCUUUCUUAUAAGUUAUUCCGUAUUCCGAUAUUAUUUAAGUAUAUUUUUAUGUGUAUGCGUUAUAUUAUCACCGCUGAAAUUUUAUGUACGACAACAAAACAAUUAUGUUUAUGAAAUGGUAGAGAAAUUUUGCUUAGACCCAAAAAUUGUUGUUCUUUCUUUACUUCUAUUUGACGGUUAGGUUGUGAUGGUUGGUGAAAACUCACAAUAUAUUUCAGAGAAGCUUUUGGAAACCGACAAAAGUAGUUUUAUGUACAUACUAUUAACUUGACUCGUUUAGAACUUUGUUAUGUGUUGUAUGCUUCUUGUGAACAUAUAAUGUUCGCAUUUUAUCCCGUCGGGGUUUGAUUUUUGCAAUAAAGAUUAUUAGUUAAAUUUUAA